UUAGCUUAAAUCUGUUUGUGAAACCAAACUCUUCAUCUUACCAAACCAAGUUAUGGGUAACAAAAACUCAUCAAACACAAAAGUACAUGUCAAGACAACAAAGGUUUCUUCAAUUGCACAACAAGUUCCAAAACAAGACAUGAUGAGUUUUCCAACAGAAAAAGUCCAUAGAAUCAAAGGUACAACAACACUAAGAGAUGAUGAAUAUAUUGGGAAACAAAAGAUAGAGACACCACUUGAUAGUGACGAAACAUUCAACAGUUUCAUUCGACGUGCUAAGUAUAAAAUCAGAACUGUCACAAUGUCCAAGUCCAACAUUGAUAGGGACCAGAGUUACAAAACUUCGCCAGCCGCGCCAGAUCAGGAGGAAAAUGAUCAAAGGGAGCAGUUUGAUGAUUUUAUUCAGAUUGCUAAGAAGAAAAUGAGAGCUACAUCAAGUAUUCGAAAUAAUAGUUUCUUCAAGAAGCCAUGAAAAUUGUUGAAUUGCUUGGAAAGAUUGCUGCUGACUAUGUGUUCUGUUCUGAUAUUACAUAAAAAUAAGGUCUCUGAAU